AUGGCAGAGGCAGCGGGCGACCGUAUGGAAGUUGAAGCACGGGACCUCGAGUCCCUCGCGUGUAUUGAAGUUCCUGCUGUUGGCCACGCUCCGGUGAUGGUUAUGUGCACCUGGCACGAGGAGUUGGUUGCCAUCGCCGACGCCAUCGCGAAUGGCUCCCUGUUCAAGUGCCGGAAGUGUUAUAACACGGAGCGACACCUUCAAUCCAAGUACAAAAAGGAGGGGAAGGCACACAUUUGGCGGGGUAUGGACACCCAGGCCCGGCGUGCAGAGAUCAAAAAACACAACGGAAGCUCGGAAGGACAAGGCAAGCGGCGUGAGUACACCAUCAAGGAGUCCACGAACGUAACGGACAAAAUGGGGUUCGAGAAGUACGGCCGCGAGACCUGGGGCUGGACCCCACAGGUCGCAUCCGAGAAGUGGACAGAAGCAAUGUCUGACCCACUGGUCCAGAAGGGUACGGAUGAAGAAGGGUGGCCGACCGUGGCCAAGUUUUCCACCCACUCCCUCACCUCAGGCCGUGAGCUCUCCCACACCAGGGGGAUCACCAGCUCAGGACAGACAGAGGCGCACGCCCACGAACUGCGUAGUGUCGCUCAAGACGUACUAGAGGGUGGUGAACUCCACACGAAGACGGGUGUCUUCGACAACAUGGCACUCCCCACGUUGCCGGGCUUCGCGAGGCUCGCCAUCCAGCCUAGUAAGAAGGCUAGGAGCAAGCCCAAGACCAAGAAGACUGAGAAACCACCGCCACCGCCUUUGCCCAGCCAUAUCAAACCGGAGCCCAGUGAGAGCGACGACGGCAGCAAGGUCCGGAAGUGUUUGCACGAGCUCAAGAUUGCCGAGACCGAACGAAAAUGGGUUGCGGCGAUUGAGGAGCAAGCGCCGGUUACCAGCACCUCCCUCCAAGCAGCUGCUCCACUGCCGGAUCUCGCGCUCUCCGCUGGCCUCCUCGACACCUUUGUGGGGCUGGCAUCUAUGCUUCCUCCCUCAUGCAGGGAGGGAUGCAUUCCACGGUUGGAGCUCACCAAGGGCCUGGAGACACUGAGUGCGGCAGUUGAGGAUCGCAUCAGGGAAAUGAGCCCACGAAGGGCGGCUAUGACACAUGCCGCCUUCGACGUGAAGGGUGAUCCGGAUGGGACCCAUGGAGGCAAUCAGGCCCUCAAGUGGUGGGAAAGGGACUGUGAAUCCCGCCUCAAAGCGUUGAAGAAGGCUGAGGCAGGAGUCGCACGCGAGGCCAAAAAGAUCAGAGAUAAAGAAAACCGCGACAAACUAGCGGAGCAGAAAAGAGCCAAAGCCAAAAGCCUGGCUGCUGCAAAAGCUAUUGAAGCCCCCCCGGACGGAGGCGAGCCCAUUACCGGGUUGAACGCCUGGGUUCUGUAUGCACAGGGCGAGACAGGUGCAAUGAAACCCAUCGAGUUCAGAGAGGGUGCCGACUGGUGCAUUGACGGAGAAGCUGUAUAUGGGUUCAGUGUCCCCGAGUCUGAUCUGGUGGACCUCCGCCUGGACACGUCACAGGAAACCUCUAGCGUGGUCAAGCUCCCAGAUUUCACGGAGCUGCUGCCCAGCAUUGGGCGGAAGAAUGCGGAGCAGGCUCUCGAUCUAGCUUUGCCUUUCUUGGUCUUGACGUGUUGA